ACACACAUAAACACCUUUACAAAUAAAACAAAUCAAAAUUCUCUUUUCUCUUAUCUCUCUGCAAACUCUGAAUCCUCUCUUCUUUUCUCUAUCAUGGAAGAAACCAAAUCAAAGUUCAAAAGAAUUUGUGUCUACUGUGGUAGCAGUUCAGGAAACAAACCUACUUACCAAGAAGCUGCUGUUGAACUUGGAAAAGAACUGGUUGAGAAAAGAAUUGAUUUGGUGUAUGGAGGUGGAAGUGUAGGGCUGAUGGGUCUUGUUUCUCAGGCAGUUCAUGAUGGUGGCCGCCAUGUUCUUGGUGUUAUCCCAAGAAGUCUCAUGCCAAGAGAGAUUACUGGUGACCCUAUUGGAGAAGUGAGAGCUGUUUCUGAUAUGCAUCAAAGGAAAGCUGAGAUGGCUAGGCAAGCUGAUGCCUUCAUUGCUCUCCCUGGUGGAUAUGGAACCCUUGAAGAAUUGCUGGAAAUUAUUACAUGGGCUCAACUUGGGAUACACAGCAAACCAGUGGGGCUAUUGAAUGUGGAUGGAUUUUACAAUUCAUUGUUAUGUUUCAUUGACAAGGCCGUUGAUGAAGGCUUUAUAUCACCAAAGGCACGUCGCAUUAUCGUGUCAGCAUCCACAGCCAAGGAAUUAGUGAAGGGAUUAGAGGAACAUGUACCUGAGCAAGAUGAAGUUGUAUCCAAGUUGGUGUGGGAAGAAAGACUAAAUUACGUGCCCGAAUCAGAAGUUGCCAUGUGAUGAAAUUCUCUCAAUAUAUAAAACUAGUGGGCCAUUAAUGGAAAAAUUACUUUUUUUUUGGGGUCCUUGUCUUUUUUUGGGGUCUAUUUUGAAUGUAUUUUGGGUACAUAAAAUAGUCAUAUAUAUGGGCAUAGGAAUACUUGAAAGUUGAUAACACUAUCUUUUUGUUUUUCCACCUAAUGCUGAUGAUUCCCCCUAGUAUACACUAAAUUAGGAUAGUUUCAAAUUAUCAAGAACAAAAAUUCAAUGAAAGUGUUGUUAUCAUUGCCUUUGCAAUUAGGUGUCAA